UUAUGUUAGCCCCGCCCAAUACCUCCGACAGACCUAAUCUGAGAAUUUAACUGAGAACAAAUAGGAAGUGCAUUUUCAGAUUUCAAUUUUAGAUUACAAGAGCAAACUGUUAGUUCUUAAUGACAUGCACAGAUGAAUUGUUCAGCACAAAACUAGCAAUGAGAGCUAGAGAGCUAGAGACAUCAAUAUGGCUAGUUACUCACUUGUAGUGUGUGCAGUGUUGAGGAUGGGGUUCUGCGGUGGACCGGCAGGGGGCGCCAGAUAUUCACAGAACCCACAGUAUGCGGACAGGAAGGGGGCGCCAGAUCUCCUCAGACCACCCCUCAGGAUGUGUUUGGAGGCUCAGAGAAACUUACACAGAAGACAGAAAGUGUUGAGGUGAGAGUGUGUGUGUGAGUGUGUGAUGGCGCUCAGAGGUGCGCUGCUGAAGAGCAUCUGGUAUGCCUUCACUUCUCUGGACACCGAAGACAGCGGAAAAGUGUCCAAAUCACAACUCAAGGUUUUGUCUCAUAACCUUCACAGUGUGUUGCGGAUCCCUCAUGACCCCGCAGCCCUCGAGAGACACUUCAGCGAUGAUGACGAUGGCCCAGUGUCCAGCCAGGGGUACAUGCCCUACCUGAACCAGUUCAUUCUGGACAAGGUGACGGAGGGCACGUUUGUUAAAGAGGAGGUGGAUGAGCUCUGCUGGACGCUGUGCUCCAAGAAGAACUACCACCCAGCCGCGGAUCAGCUUCUGACCAAUCAGGACGCUCUGAGGCUCUGGUGUCUGUUCAACUUCCUGGCGGACGACCGAUACCCGCUCACACUGGUGCCAGAGGAGGUGGAGUACCUGCUGCGUAAGCUCAGCGCUGUGCUGCCAGUGGAGCUGAGCUGUGUGGAGCUGGAGGAGUGUGUGUCGCAGGAGUGUGUAUCUCCAUCGCAGGAGUGUGUGAGUGUGUGGAGUUUCCUGCAUCUGGUGAACCGCAGCGCCGUCAGUCGAGGAGUCGACGCCGACAGCUUCAGUCUCGCUGUGGAGAAGGUGUACAGAGAGGUGGUGGGAAAUGUGCUGAAGGAGGGUUACCUGUGGAAGAAGGGUCACCUGCGCAGGAACUGGACGGAGCGCUGGUUCUGUCUGAAGCCCGGCUCUUUCUCCUACUAUGUGAGUGAGGACGCGCGAGACUGCAGGGGUGUGAUAGAGAUGGACCACAACUGCUGUGUGGAGGUGCUGCCAGAUCGUGAUGGAAAGAGGUGCAUGUUCUGUGUGAAGACCCUCAACAAGACCUUCGAGAUCAGCGCACCAGACUCCAGACAGAGACAAGAGUGGAUCACAGCCAUACACACAGCUCUGCGUCUGUCCUCGUCUGGCCGCUGGUCCCUGCAUGAGGAGCUGAAAUGUGUCCGGCAGGAGCAGCGGGCGGAGCAAGAGCGCAGGCGUGUGCUGCGGGUGGAGGAGACGCGGAGGCUGACGGAGCUGCAGGAGGAGCGCGAGGAGCAGCGGGUGGAGCUGCAGCUGCUGAAGGAGGCGCAGAAACAGAGCCAAGAGUCCCUGCAGCAGGAGGAGCAGAGGAGGCGCAGCCAGCAUGAGGAGAUGCAGAACACACUCAGGAGACAACUGCAGGAGGCCCAGGAGGCGCGGGCGAAUCUCCGCGCUGAGGUUGCGGUUCGUGAUCUGGAGGCUGAACAUCAGCAGAGGAGAAUCAGAGAACUGGAGGAUCUUCAUCAGCGGCUGCAGGAGGCACUACAGCUGCAGAUCAGAGCCAGACAGGAGGAGGAGACCUACAGAUACACACAGACCAGGCUGCUGGCGGAGGAGGAGGAGAAGGUGAAGUCUCUGCUGGCGCUGCAGGAGGAACAGGAGGAGCAGAUCCUUCAGACGGAGAGAGAGAAGCAGGAGCUGAAGCUGGAGAUGGAGAGAAAGUGCCAGGCUCUGGAGGACGCGCAGGGCCAGCUGGAGAAAGUGCGAGCCAGUCGGCGCAGAGUGGACCAGGACAUCGCCGCUGCUCAGCGUAAACUCCGGCAGGCCAGUACGAGCGUUAAACACUGGAACGUUCAGAUGAACCGCCUGAUGCACCCCAUCGGCCCUGGAGAAAGGCGAGCGUCCUCCGGUAAUCUUCUCGCUCCACCGGUUCGCAUCCCGUCCGUCAGUGAGAGCGAAUCCAGACCUCCAGAGAAACAAACCAUCAAACAAAACAGCCUCGACUGCGGCGAAAGCAGCAGCACGGAGAUUAUGGACUGCGGAAACACCGACAACACAGAACCGGCGGAAGUUUGAGAGAAUUUUAAAUGAUGUUGAUUUUUGAAGGCAUCAAAACAAACCCAAACAAAGCCCCGCCUCUUUUUAUAUCUCUGCUAUGGUCACUACACCUGCCCUCUUACUGCUGAUUGGUGUUUUUGGGGCUCAGUCCAAGUGUAUAUGUCUGCGGACUGCAGGAUGGAGGCGUAACAUGAAGGGGCAUAACUUGUAGUAAGUUAGACAGGCAUAACUUGCAGUUAUCGAGAUCCCAUUGAACCGAGCGAGAUGUCACAAUGAGAAAACACUUACCAGAGAACAUUGUCACCAAAUGUUUUCAUGAGUUUCUCCAAAUUUAUACAAAACCUAUUCAUUUGAUAUAUUAUCAUAUUCCUUCCUUUAGUAACUCCAUCAUGCAACUCACUGACUUCUUCAUUUGUUUUGUCAUGGCAGUUAGCAUACUCUGUGUCACCCCCUGUGGUUGCAAAUAACAGUACAAUGCCGAGCACGUCAAGUUUGAAGUCCUCCACAACUCGCAGCUGUAUGUCAAUGACUGAUGGAAGGGUUUAGGUUUGGGGUAGGUGUAGACAUUAAUAAUUGUGAUGGUAGGGUUUAGGAUUGGGGUAGGUGUAGACGUUAAUAACUGUGAUGGUAGGGUUUAGGAUUGGGGUAGGUGUAGACAUUAAUAAUUGUGAUGGUAGGGUUUAGGAUUGGGGUAGGUGUAGACGUUAAUAACUGUGAUGGUUGGGUUUAGGUUUGGGGUAGGUGUAGACAUUAAUAAUUGUGAUGGUUGGGUUUAGGUUUGGGGUAGGUGUAGACAUUAAUAAUUGUGAUGGUUGGGUUUAGGUUUGGGGUAGGUGUAGACAUUAAUAACUGUGAUGGUUGGGUUUAGGUUUGGGGUAGGUGUAGACAUUAAUAACUGUGAUGGUUGGGUUUAGGUUUGGGGUAGGUGUAGACAUUAAUAAUUGUGAUGGUUGGGUUUAGGUUUGGGGUAGGUGUAGACAUUAAUAACUGUGAUGGUUGGGUUUAGGUUUGGGGUAGGUGUAGACAUUAAUAACUGUGAUGGUUGGGUUUAGGCAACCCAGGCUCAUUCUGAAAACGUAGUCCCGUGGACGUUUCUGGAGACCGCAAAAUACGUAGCCGGGGGUACGUCCGGCUGCAUUUCAUUUUUUUAAACGAACGCUGCGGGGCGGUGUGACGCCGUUUCUUUCGCCGCUGCAACCAGUUUGUCCGGUUAGCUCUUCGUGUACUUAGGCGGACUUGAGGCGCAAAAAGGGGCUGACCACGACGACGACGACCGGGUUCGAGUCCGGGGAAGAGCGGUUCCAGAAAUCAGGUAAGAAAACAAAAACAAAAUCCAAAAAAUAAAGUGAACAAGUUCGUCACAGGGUGAGAAUGUGGUCAAAAUCCGAAAACGUGGUAAAAAUUUGACAAGGGCUUUUCUUUUUCUGGACGGCUUUUGUGAAUCGUCGUUGGUUGGGCUUAGGGACGGAGGAGGGUGGGUCAGCCGAUUGGCCGGUCGCACGGUCAAUCAUUCUGUCAUCCAGGCAGACAGGCGGAAGGUCGUUCGACAGCGGCCUCUAGCGGGUUUACGCGAGGACGGCGCGGGAGAAAGCGCACACAGCGGCCUCUCGCAGAUUCGCGAAAAACAAAAACUGCAAAAAUACGUACCUCCUGGGACGUAUUUCGCGGUCUCCAGAAACGUCCCCGGAACUACGUUUUCAGAAUGAGCCUGGGUUGGGUUUAGGUUUGAGGAAGGUGAAGACAUUAAAAACUGUGAUGGUUGGGGAAGGUGUAGACGUUAAUAACUGUGAUGGUUGGGUUUAGGUUUGAGGAAGGUGAAGACAUUAAUAACUGUGAUGGUUGGGUUUAGGUUUGAGGAAGGUGAAGACAUUAAUAACUGUGAUGGUUGGGUUUAGGUUUGGGGAAAGUGUAGACAUUAAUAACUGUGAUGGUUGGGUUUAGGAUUGGGGUAGGUGUAGACGUUAAUAACUGUGAUGGUUGGGUUUAGGAUUGGGGUAGGUGUAGACGUUAAUAACUGUGAUGGUAGGGUUUAGGAUUGGGAUAGGUGUAGACGUUAAUAAUUGUGAUGGCUGGGUUUAGGAUUGGGGAAGGUGUAGACGUUAAUAACUGUGAUGGUUGGGUUUAGGAUUGGGGAAGGUGUAGACGUUAAUAACUGUGAUGGUUGGGUUUAGGAUUGGGGAAGGUGUAGACGUUAAUAACUGUGAUGGUUGGGGAAGGUGUAGACGUUAAUAACUGUGAUGGUUGGGGAAGGUGUAGACGUUAAUAACUGUGAUGGUUGGGGAAGGUGUAGACGUUAAUAACUGUGAUGGUUGGGUUUAGGGUUGGGGAAGGUCUAAACCAGGGAUGUCAAACUCAAUUCCUGGAUGGCCGCAGUCCUGCACAGUUUAGUUAAGGCCCUGCUUCAACACACUUACCUGUAGGUUUCAAACAAGACUGAUAGACUUAAUUAGUUUGAUCAGCUGUGUUUAUUUAGGGUUGGAACUAAACUGUGCAGGGCUGCGGCCCUCUAGGAAUUGAGUUUGACAUCCCUGGUCUAAAUGUUAAUAAGGAUGAUGGUUGGGUUUAGGGUUCGGGACGGAGUAGAUGUUAAUAACUGAUGAUUGGGUUUAUGGUUGGGGUAGGUGUAGACAUUAAUGUGAUGGUUGGGUUAAAGGUUGGAGAAGAUGUAGACAUUAAUAAUUGUGAUGUUGGGGUAGGUGUAGACGUUAAUAACUGAUGGUUGGGUUUAGGGUUGUGGAAGGUGAAGACAUUAAUAACUGAUGUACAGUGCCAUCUUGCUGACAACAUAGUUUUGACACAUGGGUCUCCAUAAUUUCAUAAAUUAUGCUCCAUAAGUUACACCUCUCUUACGUACUACAAGUUAUGCCCCUUCACACCCCUGUCUUGCACUCCUCAGACAGACCCUACUCGCUCAGUCUGACAUUAGCAGUGUUUCCAUCCAAAUAUGCAAAUUCUAUUUAUGUGCAAAUUUUAUAUCACAUAAAAUAUUAGCAAAUAAAGCAGUAAUUCCAGCCAAUGAGGAACAAAAGAGAAUAAUUUUUUUUUUUAGCCGAUAUUCCAAAAUGAGCAUAAAAAUAGGUGUAUGUUACAGAUGGAAACACAGCCACUGUGGUAUGGGUUUUUCAUAAAGGCCUAGUGUACAUAAAUAAACCUGACAUAAACAAACUCAAUGAACUUGUCUCUGAAUCAUAGCUGAGAUCGUGACUGACUUUUAAACGUGUUUUGUUUUGUUGAUUGCUAUGAUAAACUUUUUGGUGAAACUGCUGUGGUUUGACUUCCUGUUUCCUGUGUCAGCAUAUAAGAUGCGCUCGUGUAGACAUACUGCUACCUUAGUCACUGUCAUGAAGGAUAAUAAAU